ACCCUACAAAGGGCACUUCAUGUCAGUUAGGACGCUGUUGAUGAGGUUCGGUUUUUUCAUCGUUCCUGUAGCAGCAUUUUAUUUCGGUUUAGAAUAAAAAUGGCCGGAUUUCCAGGAGUGUCUGCGUUAUUUGAGAACCCAAACGAGGUGUUUCUGGAUGUGUCAAAACUGCUGCUGACUUACGCGGACAAUAUUCUCAGGAACCCAAAUGAAGAGAAGUACAGGUCCAUUCGUAUAGGAAACCCAACCUUCUCCACUAAACUUCUUCCUGUGAAAGGAGCAGUGGAGUGCCUGUUUGAAAUGGGCUUUGAGGAGGCUGAGACCCACUUGGUGUUCCCGAGGUCAGCGUCUGUAGAUCAGCUGAGACGAGUGCGAGAGAUGAUAGCUGUUGAGAGAGACCAGAGACUAGGAGCAGACCAACACGCAUCAUGCUCAAGCACUUCUACCUCCAUUUCCUCUCCUGCUCCGAGUCCUACAGUGGCAUCGGAGCCUCAGCGCCCUAUAGACCCGCCCCCAUCUGUGUUAGGUAGCAAGUCCUUCCUUGGGACUCUGCAAUCAAAUUUUCAGCACUUGAUUGUGUACGAGAAUCCUGAACUUCAGCAGAAAGCGUUGAGCUGUUUACCACAUGAGCAGCUCUGCUCCAGAGCUAAAGAUCGACUGUGCAAGGCCAGAGAAGCAGACCCUGAGUGUAGUCUUGCUGAGGAGGAUAUGCUGGUGCUGGAGCUGUUACAGUGGUUUAAGCAGGAUUUCUUCACCUGGGUGGACAGCCUACCAUGCAGCCGGUGCGGGGGUCGCACGCACUCCUCCGGUUCCCUCCCACCCUCUACAGACGACCUACGCUGGGAUGCUGGUCGUGUAGAGAACCACUACUGCGACGCCUGCAACCUCACCACCAGAUUCCCAAGAUACAAUAACCCGGAGAAACUGCUGGAGACCAGGAGGGGGCGCUGUGGAGAAUGGGCCAACUGCUUCACUCUGUGCUGCAGAGCGUUGGGGCUGGAGGCCAGGUACAUCUGGGACUCGACAGAUCACGUGUGGACGGAGGUGUACUCUCAGUCUCAGCGGCGCUGGCUGCACUGUGAUCCCUGCGAAAACGCAUGCGACACACCUCUGCUCUACGAGAUGGGCUGGGGCAAGAAGCUUUCCUACAUCUUCGCUUUCUCAAAAGAUCAGGUGGUUGAUGUAACAUGGCGCUACUCCUGUAAGCAUCAGGAAGUUCUUUCCAGACGUACACAGGUGCAGGAAACAUGGCUGCUACACACUAUCAAUGGACUUAAUGCUGUGAGGCAGCAGUCACUGAGUGCCGAGAGGAAGCAGGAAUUGCUGGAGAGGUUGUUAGUCGAGCUGGUGGAGUUCAUUUCUCCAAAGAGCCCAAAGCCAGGAGAGACGGGAGGCCGGAUUUCAGGUUCUCUCGCUUGGAGGGCUGCUCGUGGAGAGACCGGUGGUGCCGCUGCUUCCAAAGAGAAAGCCACAGAGUUUGUGUUUAUCCCCACUGAGUCAGAGAAGGAUGCAAAGACAUUCCACCUACAAUAUAAUGUGGCCAAAGACUCUUACUGUAGAGUGCACAACAACCAAGAGAAGAUCCUGGGCUGGGAAAAGGGACUUUGGAAGAAUGAGUCUGUGUUCAGGAAAGAAGAACAAGACUGGCAGAUGGUGUACCUCACUCGAACAGAAGGCUCUUCCUCAGGCAGGCUGUGUUGGAGGAUUGUGUGUGCGCCUGUGGGGAUGACGAUUAAAUCCGUCUCAGUCAGGGCUGUCAGUCAAACCUUCCACUCUGGUGCCGUCUGCUGGAGAUUACGCUCUUCGCAAUCCACCGUCGAGUUUCCCGGAGAUGGUAAAAUGCACUCACCGACAGGCCUCACGGGGUCUGAAGAAGUGGUGGUAGAAGCGGAGCUGAGUGGAGGGGACGGAGAGGUGGCGUGGCAACAUGCCCAGCUGUUCAGACAGAGUUUGAAGGACACUGAGACAUCUUCGUUUGAGAUUCUUGUGGAAAUGGAGGAUGCUUGAUAAGAGUGUAGUGGCCUUGUGGCCUCGUUCUGUGGUUUGACAAGCAAACUAAAAAUGUUCUGGGAAGUCAAAGUUAAUGUGAGUAAAGACUUGAUGUGAAAAGCACAGUCUCACUUUUCAAAUGAUGUUCUUUUCUUGAGAAAUGUCUCAAGUGAAUACAAUGUCUAUAAGGGAUAGAACAGUGACUCUCGUAUGAUUCUACUCUUAUUUUUUUUUUAUCGUUUCUCCAAAUUUGUGUUUUAAUAAGGAAUGCAUCCAUACAACUUUUUCUAUUAUUGAUACAAAUAGCUCAGCUACUUGAUAAAUUGAUACAAACGGAGAGCUCCUCAUCGCAGUACUCUGUUUUGGAUCAGUACAUGCCUAAUGUUAAUCUUUAGACCAAUUGUAUUUGUAAUUAUAGCAAUUGAGACACUGUUUAAAACUUGUACUCUUGUGUAUUGUAAGGAAUGAUGUGGAAGGUUUUAUAAUGCUAAUUUGGCAGCAGGGUGUAUGAUGAUGUAUACCUCCAGUGUGUCAAACUUUAUCGAUUAUUUUCUUGCUGUUUUUAUUUGAGGCCAGUUAAAAAAAAAAAAAAUCAGACCUCAACAUUUUUGUCUUUAUUUUUUUUAUGGAAUAAUGUUUUUCAGUUACUUUAUUAUUCAGUUGUUUUCAAUUACCUUAUUAAAUGAAUUGUUUGCA